ACAUUUUGCACUCUCACUGCAAGGGAAGAAUUGGAGUGAGACUAGGCCGCCUUCCAGAAAGGUUUCCGCUACCACUCUUGGAUGUGCAUCCCGCCGCUGCAUCGCACGUUCAAAGGUCAGCAGGAGCGUCUGUGGCUAUAUAGCCUCCGGGGAUUUGAUCAUGAGCCAAGGAAGACACUAGCUGCCAUAGAAGAGAAGCCUUCAGUUGAAAGUUGACUCUCCGGCACCAGUGCAAAAAAGAUGACGUGCUGGAGGACAGAGAUAGUGAUACCGCUUCUAGCGGUAACGUUCUUAGCGGGGAGUGCAAUCCACGUCAAGGUACCGUUCAAGUACCACAACUACGACACCAUGACGGCCAUGCUUUUGAAUAUGACGGCUUCCAGACCGGAUUUGGCGACGCUGUACUCAGUCGGCAAGUCCAUCCACGGUCGAGAGCUGUGGGCAGUGAUGCUGACUUCAGUGUCCACAAGCGGAGUUCUCCUCAAGCCUUCCAUGAAAUACGUGGCUAAUAUGCACGGCAACGAGGCCGUAGGUCGCGAACUGAUGAUCCACCUCAUUUCUCAUCUCUUGAACAACUACGACAACGACCAUAGGAUUAAAUGGCUUCUGGACCACACAAACAUCCACAUUAUGCCGAGCAUGAACCCUGAUGGAAUGUCAGUCUCUAUUGAAGGACAGUGCGCUGGACUACGAGGAAGAUACAACGGCGCAGGCGCGGACCUGAACCGUAACUUCCCAGAGUACGGCCUGAAGGUGAACAGCAGGGAACAGCCUGAAACGAGCGCCAUUCGCAAAUGGAUCGACACAUUCCAGUUCGUUCUCUCCGGGAACCUCCACGGUGGCGCCAUGUUGGUUCGAUAUCCAUUCGACAGCGACUAUACACCAGGAGCAGUCGGUUCUAAAACGCCGGACGACGACGUGUUCAAGUAUUUGGCCAAGACGUACUCUUUCAACCAUCCCACGAUGCCGCGCUUCUCGUGCGAGAGACAACUGUACCGGGACGGCAUCGUCAACGGAGCCAAGUGGUACCCUUUCAAAGGAAGCAUGCCAGAUUACACUUAUCUGGAAGCCGGAAGCAUGGAGCUUACUAUCGAGCUGUCCUGCUGCAAAUUCCCCCCUGCUUACCAACUUCAAGGAUACUGGAACGACAACGUCAAGUCCCUCCUGAGGUUCAUGGAAGAGUCGCACAGAGGGGUUCGUGGAAUCGUCAGCAACGACAUCGGAGAGCCCAUUCCAGCAGCACGGUUGAUGAUCAAAGAUAGAUACAUGCCAUUUAAGUCAACACCAAAUGGAGAAUAUUGGCGCAUACUUCUGCCUGGAAGCUAUGUCCUCAUGGUCUCAGCGCCGGAGCACAACGACAUCGAAGUGCCGUUCGACAUCGUGGACGGAAGAACCACCGUCGUGAACGUCACCCUCACCCGGCGCGUGCUGCAAGACCCAUACGACGCCCAGCUCUACAAUCCCGGCUUAAAGAACAACGCCGAACUGGCCCCCCUCACGGCGGAAGACACCGACACGGGCAACGAUCUUCCGCCUGCGUCGUCGCACCAUGCUCUUAACGGAGGUCACGAUGCCGCCACUAGUCCCGAAGAAACUGGAACACGGUCCUCACGGAGUCCAGAAGUCCCUCGCCCGGAGGAACAAGCGGGGCUGUCAGUUGCCAAUUACUACUAUGCCCUGUACAAGGCGAUGCGAGAUUUGAAACUCGCAAACACUGACUACCGUCAAAACGAUCCAGAGUUCCAACGCAGGUCUCUCGAUGGGGAGGUCCCGAAAGAGCAGACGCAGUCGAGCGAAGCACUUCGAGACAAGGAGACCAAUCCUAGUAAGGAGGCAGUGAUCAGCGGGCAGCCUGCGACUACGUCAGCGCCAACACAGACACCGUUGAUGGUACCAAGUGAUGUCUUCGCUUACAACAGGGUACCACAAGUUCCAGCCCGGGAGCAUGCCACGCUAUCACAAACUACAAAUGCUGCGCAUAUUUAUAAUGUUCCGACAUCCACGGCUCCGGUUACGACAGAAUCACCGGUGUCUUACUCUACAAAACCGCAUUUCAUACCCUCUACUCACUAUAACCCUAAUGCUCCUUCGUCUGACGUUGUACGCCCUAGCACACCCCCGUACGCAACAACUAGCCAACAGGGCGCCGCUGAUCUCAACAUUCUGUCUAGCGUUUCACGUCUGACGUAUAACGCCCAGGAGCCAUCUUCAGGCCUACACAACUCUCACUCAAAGCGUCUACCAGCUCGCACAACACCCGAACCAACAAAGCCACCACAGACAACCUUGUACGGGGCCCCGAAACGCUACGAUUAUGCAGUAGGCCAGUUACGGUCGCUAUCUCAGGCUCCACAACAGACCACCACAACCAAUGUUCAAGAGCAUCAGAAAGACGCCCCUGUUACGCCGCCUUCAACUUUUGCAAGUCACGCUGGGCAGGACGCGGGUUACACUCAAACGACAUUCGGUUACGGUAACCAGGCGCCACACGGCACCACGGCGGGCAUCGCAGUUGUCCCGCACGCUGACUCACACGCAUUAAAGUCCAACCCUUCAGACGAGAAAUCUCAAGACCGUCAACUGGUCACUACUGAACCGAGCACGCCCGCACAGACUCACGCACAGGAGCUGAGUACUAGUCACAUUUACCAACACUCAGAUAUAAUCACCCCUGAAGAAAUUCAGGCAACUCUCAAGGGUACGGAUGCUGGCACAACCGUCACAAGCUCGCCAGCAAGCUCACCAGUUCUUCAUACGACGAAGGACAGUCAGACUCACCACAGCACACAUUCACUGCCAACAACACCAAGCGUUUUAGCGGAAACAACAACAACUACAGCAUCAGUGGGCGCAGUGACUGGUCAUGAAUCGACUACAGCACUACCUCGAGACCAGACAACCACCACUACAAAGCCUCCUGUGGGCUUACUAAAAAAUUUUCAUAUCGUAUACAACCCUCCAUCUACCAACAUUACUUCGGCCUAUCCGCAGAUCUACUCUUCGCACCUCCACCUUCAACCCUUAAAGCCUCCAGCACCUCCCGCCGCUACAGCAAGCCCUGUAAGGCGUCCAUUAUACAUACCAGAGAGCGUCUUUGGUAACCGGCCUACGGGGUACCCUUACGCUACAUCGCUUCCUCAACAUUUAGCACCAAGUGUUCAACAGCAAUACAGACAACAGGUACCUCCCCGGUUACCGGGAAUUCAUAACAGCUUCGCACAUCCCGGGCUUCAACCGCAGCCGGGGCUUCAACCGCAGCCGGGGCUUCAACCGCAGCCGGGGCUUCGACCGCAGCCGGUGCAACCACAAGUGGCUCCCGCCCCUCAAAGGACUCUCAGCCGUGCUCCACAGUAUUAUCAACCCAUAAACGUGCAACCAUUCAGUGCUACUCCAUCACCCCCCACUGCAGAUACGGCGUCGACAACACCGAUACCGGACGAGCCUUGUUGUUUCAAAGGGCCAAAUUCCAGGUUUGUCUUUAGGCUCGGCAAGACCAACUGAUCAGGGACCACAAGUCUUCUGUGGGAAAAUGACUUCCAGCACCACUAGCUUUUUUGACUUCAAAGCGACAUCUCGAAACUUAUGCGGCAACGAUCGAGCAUUCUGCGGAGAGGAGGAAAUAUUCGUCAUCCAUAAGGAAAAAGAGCUAUCCGAUGGAGUUUCAAGGCCGCGUUUUGGUGAUGCUAUCUAUCGGAACAUUACCUUUAUUCGGGCACUCCGUGUCGGUGGCUAUGUGACAUGCGUUUAUAUACGAAGUUCCCCCUUUGCCUGACUGUAAGUCGAAGAGGCAGAGGUCCUUGUCCACGUUCCAAUAUGUUUAGCGACGUACAACCUCGAAAACUCGCCUGUGCAUCCUGUGUUUAGAUACCAUGUGCUGGUAAUUUAUGAAAGAAGUUGACGUCUGCGUUCUCCGAAACGAGUACUCGGAAGUCUGUGCUGCACUCAAUCCGUCGUGGAGGAAGCGCAGAACCAAGGGCUUCGGCAUCUCGUUUAUGAUGUCUUCCGUUCUUCACCGACUUUCUUGUGUUUCUGUCAUGAUUUUCGAGCAAGCAGUGCGUUGCUCUACGUUCUCUCUCUUCUUUUAAUUUUUUUUAAAUUUACAAGUGUUGACGUUAUUCGUUACGCGUCGCGAUGAGCCCGUGGAACAGACAACAGUCUACAACACAUAAGUUAAAAUACACCAAGAGAGUGAGCCGUUGUGAAGGAGGAGUACGUGAAUAUGCAAUAAAUAAACAGCAGUUGGGUGUGUA